CGCUGAGUGUAUUGCAUCCUUGAGGACACACCCUCCUUAGGAUUAGGCUUUUCUUCAAAGUUCGUUCGGAGAAGCAGGGAUUUUAGUCUGCUCCCACUGCAAGCUCACUGCCCUGGAGACCAUGACUGAGGAAACAGCCAGAGGGGCCUCGGCUGGAGUCUCUGCUCCAGAUAAACAGGCUCCAGAGGAAGGGACUCAGCUGAGGGAGAAAUGGGCCAACAAGAUGGAAUUUGUUUUCGCCAUGGCUGGAGAGAUAAUUGGCCUUGGAAAUAUUUGGCGUUUCCCUUAUCUGUGCUACAAGAAUGGAGGAGGUGUCUUCCUCAUCCCCUACUGUGUGUUCCUCUUCCUUUGUGGCAUCCCUGUGUUUUUCCUGGAGACGGCUCUGGGCCAGUACACCAGUGAGGGCGGGGUCACUGCCUGGAGGAAGAUAUGCCCCAUGUUCGAGGGAGUGGGGAUCGCAUCCCAAGUGAUUGUGAUCUAUCUCAACAUUUACUACAUUGUUGUCCUGGCCUGGGGUAUCUUCUACCUGAUUAACUCCUUCAAAAGCCCGCUGCCCUGGUCUACAUGUGACAACUACUGGAACACUUAUCAGUGUCACAGUGAAAUUAGCAUCUUUGCCAACCCUGACCUGUAUCGUCCCGACUCCAACUGGUCGUUCCUCAACAACGUCACCUUACCCGACUACUACGAGAACGUCACUGACAUCAAUAGCACAUUCAUGAUGGGCAACUCACCGGAACUGGAGUUCUGGAGGCAUCGAGUUUUAAGAGUGUCUGAUGAUAUGUCCUUGACUAAAGUGCACUGGGACCUGGCUCUGUGUCUCCUGCUCGCCUGGGUUAUAUGUUACUUCUGCAUCUGGAAGGGAAUCAAAUGUACUGGAAAGGUUGUGUAUUUCACCGCUUCCUUCCCCUAUCUGAUGCUGCUCAUCCUCUUUAUCCGCGGAGUGACGCUGCCAGGAGCCUCAGAGGGUCUGAGCUUUUACCUCACACCCGACUUCAGCAGGCUCUCUGAUCCAUACGUGUGGCGUGAUGCAGGAACUCAGGUGUUCUUCUCCUAUGCUGUAUGUCAGGGAGUACUGACGGCUCUGGGGAGUUACAAUAAAUACAACAACAACUGCUACAGGGAUUGUUUGGCACUGUGUUGUCUGAACAGCGCCACCAGUAUCUUUGCUGGCUUUGUUGUGUUCUCAGUGUUGGGAUCCAUGGCUUCAAAUCUCGGCGUUUCCAUACAUGAAGUUGCUACUGCUGGUCCUGGUUUGGCCUUCAUAGCCUAUCCUCAGGCUCUGUCGAUGCUUCCUGCCCCAUCCUUCUGGGCUGUGCUCUUCUUCCUCAUGAUCAUCUUCCUGGGCCUAGAUACUCAGUUUGUGUGCGUGGAGAGCCUGGCCACAGCCAUCACAGACAUGUUCCCACGGCAGCUGAGGAGGCCGAGAGCCAGAGAGAUACUGGUCCUCGUCAUCGCGAUCGUUUGCUUCCUGCUAGGGCUAGUGUUCGUUACCGAAGGAGGGAUCGUCCUCUUCCAGGUGGUUGACACUUAUGGUCCAAGCGGAACCAGUCUCCUCAUCAUUGCUUGUGCAGAGUGCAUUGUUGUUUCCUGGGUAUAUGGCGCGGACCGUUUCUGUCACAACAUUGAGGACAUGAUCGGGUACUUUCCAUUCCCGGUGCUGAAGUACUGCUGGAUGUUCAUCACGCCGCUCAUCUGCGGGCUUACAGCACUGUCCAACCUGACAGAAAAGCGUCUAUUCAUGGUCGAUGGUUAUAUACCUGGGGCCUGGGUCUCCAUUUUGGGCAUCCUACUUGUUGCCACACCCCUGAUUUGCAUCCCUGUGUAUGUUCUGGUCUCACUGUACAGGAAUGGCAACAAUAUGACGACGCCGUCCAGAGACCUGCGGCAGGCUAAACCGCACAAGCCGGUGCUCACACUGUGUGGUUAUGUCAUCUUUAAGGCUCAGGUGCCACCGAACCGGAGUGUCGCUGACAGAAACGAGAAGAUGAUGAUGGAGGAACCCAGUAGGGUUUGAUAUUUGCUGAUAGCAUCUUUAAAUCUGUGAAUAUCUGUCAGAAAAAUGCAUUUUUUAAUAUUCAGUGUUUUAUAAAUGUUUACAUGAGUCUUCAGGGAGAUUCGUUUGUUGCGAGCACAUUAAUCUUUACCAUUUAUUUACUACUUUUUUGUACAUUUACUUGUAUACCUUUAAUCCUACCUACAGUAACUGGAAUAAAAUAGCACUCCAUUAUUUUUAUUAUUCUACGUAGAGGUGCAGAGUAGAAGGGGGUUAAUCAAAGUGGGCGUAGUGCAACAGUGUAAAGGGUUAACAGUUGUGGAACGCCCACUGCUUGGGGAACACUUAUUGUGUUCUGCAGCGGCUCCUUACUCGAUAGUCCAGCACUGCACUUUUGAAACAUUUAUGAAAUCUUAAUAUAACUCAAAUUUGACGUAGCAAAGAUAUUAUCUUUUUUUACGCGUUCUUUGUCCUGCAUUACCCACAAUGUAGGGACACCACUAUUGGAAGCCUUACAGUAGGUCUAGUCCCAGUUAUCCUCAUUUGGUUCUGCUACUAUCACUUCCUCCCUACCCCAGGGGCAACUGAAGAGCUGCCAGUCAGUUCCCAUAAGAAACAACACACCGGAGUAGAGCUUAAUGUAGCCACAGAAAGCAUUUUUUUUAAUCAACAAUACUCUCAAACACCUGCAGGUAAAAUCAGGGCUGUUUCCCUUUAAAGCAGCAUAAAGCAUGCAUUUUGCAUUUGACAUGUUUGUCUUGGUAUUCUUAAAGACUGCUGCUGGUGAAUCUUCAUUUUUUUAAUCAUGUCAACAUGUCCAUCUGGUGUUUUCUAGGUGCUAGAGAACAAAUCAUGUGUACCGAUGACAGCCUCAAAAACAUGGAUUCAGACUUCUGAGGUUUCAUAUGUAAGAAAUCUAAAGAAUCGAUCCUGUUAACUUGCAGAUUCGGGGCUUUUUGUGACUCCUUUUCUCUUUCUGUGUGGCUAAAUUACUCCAAUAUUGCAACUUGCCUUUGUGUCGGGUGGAGAAGUUUGAGCAGAAUCAUAGGUGAGCUGGUGUGCUCGAGCUGCACCAAGUCGGGAGAAUGAUUGGAGACAGAGGCGGAGACUUCAUAGACCUGUACAUUUUAGAGGAAGCAAUGAUAUAGUGUUACAUCUCAGCCAUUUUAAAAGGCAGGAAGAUAUUACUUAUAUGGGAAAAUACACUCCUAAUAUUCAACUUGAAUAAACAGAGAUGAGUUUUCAAAGGUUUUGUUUUUAAUGUUAAUGGAGAGGCCACUUUUCAUCAAAUACAAACAAAGCUGUUCCAUCCAGUAAUGGUAAUGUCACUUAAUACCAAAUUUGAAUAAGAGCGGACAAAUUUUGUUGUUUUACUGAGAGAAUGCUAACAUUAAAGGUUUGGAAAGUGCACAGCUGACUUGUUUUGCCACAACAUUCAAGUCAAGCAAGUUCGAUGAAUCUAAUCAAUUUAAACAGAACUGUAUGUUCCCUUUCAUUUAUUACGUGUGUUUGUACCAUGUGCAGGCAAAUGUGAUAUACAUUUCAGUAAACGUAUCAGUAUGUUCAAUA